CGCCGCCGCGCUGCUCUGCGUCCCCCGGUCCGACCGCCCUGCCCGCCGCCGCCAUGGGCUCUCUGCUCAGCCGGCGCAUCGCGGGCGUGGAGGACAUCGACAUCCAGGCCAACUCGGCCUAUCGCUACCCGCCCAAGUCCGGAAACUACUUUGCAAGUCACUUCUUUAUGGGAGGCGAGAAGUUUGACACCCCUCACCCUGAGGGCUACCUUUUUGGCGAGAACAUGGAUCUAAACUUCCUCGGGAAUAGACCUGUUCAGUUUCCCUAUGUAACUCCAGCUCCACAUGAGCCAGUGAAGACACUGAGAAGUUUGGUGAAUAUCCGCAAAGACUCUCUCCGACUUGUGAGGUAUAAAGAUGAUGUUGACAGUCCCACUGAGGAGAAUGGGAAGCAGAAAGUCCUGUACAGCCUGGAGUUCACAUUUGAUGCGGAUGCCCGUGUUGCCAUCACAAUCUACUGCCAGGCUACAGAAGAGUUUGUUGGUGGCAUGGCAGUAUACAGCACAAAGAAUCCCUCUCUGCAGUCGGAGACGGUUCAUUACAAGAGAGGGGUAAGCCAGCAAUUCUCCCUGCCUUCCUUCAAGAUUGAUUUCUCAGACUGGAAGGAUGAUGAGCUGAACUUUGACUUGGAUCGUGGCGUGUUCCCUGUGGUAAUCCGAGCGGUAGUGGAUGAAGGGGAUGUGGUGGUUGAGGUGACAGGUCAUGCCCAUGUUCUUCUGGCUGCAUUUGAAAAGCACGUUGAUGGCAGUUUUUCCGUGAAGCCGUUAAAACAGAAGCAGAUCGUUGACCGGGUGAGCUAUCUGCUUCAGGAGAUCUACGGCAUUGAGAACAAAAACAACCAAGAGACCAAGCCUUCAGAUGACGAGAACAGCGACAACAGCAACGAGUGUGUGGUUUGCCUGUCUGACCUCCGCGACACCCUCAUUCUGCCCUGCAGACACCUCUGUCUCUGCAAUUCCUGUGCUGACACCCUGCGGUACCAGGCCAACAACUGCCCCAUCUGCAGGCUGCCCUUCCGUGCCCUGCUGCAGAUCCGGGCUGUGAGGAAGAAGCCGGGGGCUCUGUCGCCAGUGUCAUUCAGCCCUGUCUUGGCACAGAGUGUUGACCAUGAUGAGCACUCUAGCUCUGACAACAUCCCUCCGGGCUACGAGCCCAUUUCCUUGCUGGAAGCGCUGAAUGGCCUUCGCUCUGUUUCCCCGUCCAUCCCGUCAGCUCCGCUGUAUGAUGAAAUCAACUACUCUGGUGUGGUGGAUGGGAUGCCGCCUGCGAGCCGACCGCUUGUUGGGAUGGACAGAGUUGUGGAGAGCAGCCACCAAAAGGGGAAGCGGAGCAAGUCUCCAGAUAGCACACUACGGUCUCCCUCGUCCCCAAUCCACGAGGAGGAUGAAGAGAAGCUUUCCGAGGACUCUGACUCGCAGCCAGCACUGAGCGGGGGUGAACUGGUCCUGAGAGAGACCAGCUCUCCAGAAAGUGUGGCAGGGGAAGAGAUUGAGGAGGCCUCAUCCCUGCAGCAGGGUAGCCGCCCACCCUCUGUUGAAGACGUCCUGCAGGACAGCAGCUGCGGCGAGCACAGGAGCCUGACGCAGUCGGAGAGCGACCCUCCGGUAGACGUCUACCUGCCAGGCUCAUCCGACUUCACCAAGAUGCUCCCCGGCCGCGGCACCGGCAGCCCCACGCAGCCCCUUCUCUUCGAGCAGACACGUCUUCACCUGGAGGACGAGCAGAGCCUCUCGUGAGCGGGGGCCGGACCUC